UAGCCUUAUAUUGCUAAUUAGCUACCUGGUUUAGUAGCUUGCUAGUAAGACUGUAGAAAAAAGUAACCAUGGCAGCUAAUCAUGUCACCUGAUCCGUGGCGGGAUGCUGCUAGCUGUUAACAAUGCUGAGCCCUACCUUAAAUUGAGUCCGGCUAGCUAGGAACCGCCGUGCCUUUUAACUAACUUAGUUAAAUGAGCUAUCGUUUGAACGUUUAGUUAGACUAAUUGGCACAAAUAAGGUGCGCCAAUUAGUCUAACUAAUUCAAUUAUUUGACGUGUGUAGCACAGUAACGAACAUUUAUUGAAUGACUUUUAAUAUGCGCUAAAAAGCUAAUCGGGAAAAGCCCGUUAAACUCAUAACGUAUAAGAAACACGUCAUUUAGAGUUUAGUGGUCAAACUAAACUCGCUGGACUCGAAAAAAAGAGAAAGAAAAAACUCGCUGGACUGGUUAUAUUUGGAAAGACUCGUCUACUUCCUGGAUUUACCUAAAAGAUGGAAGAAUGGGGGGCGGUUAUCUAAACGACAGCAAGUUAUUCUAAAACUUUUUUUUUUUUCUGUUGCCACACUUAUUUUAUAACUUAAUAACUGUUAUUACUGUAGUAGGCCACUCCAUAUACUCAUUUUAAAUGUUUAUUGGUACGUAACGUUAAAUUCAUAUAACCUAAUGUGAAGAAACGCACCCAUUGGAAAAUGGUUUGCCCAGAAUUUUUGUCUGAACGGCUUCCAACUCGAGUUGCCGGACCUGCUCCAGAAGAGAUAAUGAUGAGUGCAGGAGGAGAUUCUAACCCAGCAGCAACUCCUACACCCUCCCUGGACCCUCAAGGAGAUGGGCGUUGGAUGGCAAUGCACAACCGCUUUGUUUCUGACAGUAAAGACAAGGAACCCGAUGUUCUGUUUGUGGGAGACUCGCUGGUGCAGCUCUUGCACCAGUUUGAGGUGUGGCGAGAGCUGUUCCGCCCUCUACAUGCUUUGAAUUUUGGGGUGGGGGGUGAUGCCACGCAGCACGUCCUUUGGAGACUUGCUAAUGGAGAGUUGGACCACAUCAGCCCGAAGGUGGUGGUGCUGUGGGUGGGCACCAACAACCAUGACCACACUCCAGAGCAGAUCUGUGGGGGCAUCACUGCCAUUGUCCAUUUCAUCAACAGCAAGCUCCCCUCUGCUCAUACUCUCAUACUGGGUCUGCUUCCCCGGGGUAGGCUCCCCAACCCUCUCCGGGAGAAGAAUGCCAAGGUGAACCAACUGGUUCAGCAGGUUAUGCCCACCCUCUCCAGGGCCUCCUACCUUGAUGUGGACCCAGGCUUUGUGCACUCUGAUGGCAGUAUAUCCCACCAGGACAUGUACGACUACCUGCACCUCUCCCAAGGUGCUUACCAGGCUGUGUGUCGGCCCCUGCAUGCUGCUAUCAAGGCUCUGCUGGAGGCCCCAGGGGCGAACUGAGUGCUAAUCAUACCGUUGAAGUCUGUCAGUUUUCAUCUGAGCGACUGAUAGAGUAAGGUGGAGGAAUUGAGGUGUCUGUAUGAAGUAGUUGAAUGACAACCUAUGUGUGUGGGG